UUUGGCUUCAAUAUGAUGGUGCAGGUACUUUUCCAGAAUGAUUCACCUGCGACAUUACUUGCAAGAGUAAUUGGAAUCAUAGGUCCUAUCAAACAAGACAUGCUUGCCAAAGGACGGGAUACAUACAAAUACUUUACGAAGAAUCACAUGCUUUAUGAACGUAAUCAGGAGACCAAUAGACUGGAAUACCUGAUACCCAAGAAGACAUCCUUGAGGCAUCGGCUGCCGAUGGGGGACCAGGGAUUCGUUGAUUUUGUUGCUCAUUUGCUUGAAGUAAACCCAAAGAAGCGUCCUUCCGCGGCAGAGGCUCUGAAGCACCCAUGGCUAUCAUACCCGUACGAACCCAUAUCAGCUUGAGCACUGUACGAGUUGCUUGAUGAGACUUGCGGGGAUUGCUUGCCUCAUCUCAGCUCCCUCGUAUUGACUGGGAAAAGGAGCUGUUAUGAAUUACAGAGUGGAAAUGAUGUUGUAGUUGAUCUCUCCAAGGAGUUUUCCUACCUUCACAUGCCUGCAAAAUGCAUUCAAAGGUGUGUUUGAUUUUGUUUGGUUAUAUCAUAUUAAUAUAAUAUUAAAUGUCCUUCCCCUAACCAAAGUAGUAUUGGAAAUGAGCAUAAUGAAGGAUGUAAUUUUUGGAAGAGAGUGGUAUCCUUGGAAAGGGGAAUCUAAUAUUGUUGUACAUGACAUGAUGUUGUGAUAAUUCUUUUAGGUUAUUUAGUAAUAUAGCUUUGUCAAAUAGUUGGUAACCAAAUUUGGUUACUGCUACUGCUACUGCUAUUGCUACUCGUUGAUUGGAUUUCUGGCCUUUUCUUUUCUUUUUUC